AUGGGUUCUAUUCCGGAAAAGACGCUUGUGGACACCUCCAUCGCUACCCAGGCCAACGAUGCCCAGAGGGUAGCACACCUAGCCAACAAUAUCGGCACUCUUGGUACAUCUUUUCUCCUCGACGAUGAAGCGGGUCGUCUUGCCCUUCUGAAGCAGGCCCGGUCACUGCUACAGGCGCUGGAGACCCCAAGAGAGACGAUGAUUAAACAUUGUUGGGCUCAGCCUGCUGUGACCUUCGUCAUUGCGACUGGCAUUGAGUCGGGCCUGUUUCAGUACCUGGCCCAAAACCCUGGUCCGAAGACCGUGGAUCAUCUAGGCAAAGCUCUUCGUUUUGAUAUCGAUGUACUUUCUCGCACACUGCGUCAUCUCUGCUCAAUGGGAUACCUCAAGGAAGUUGGCCCGGAUGAGUACGACGGCACAAACUUCACCAAGUCGCUGAGUUUACCGAUCAUAGCCGGCGGAUAUCCUUGUCUCGUCGAAAGUAGCUGGCCGACAUUUUCGAAUUUCCCCCUCUACCUCAAAAAACACGACUGGUCCAUCUCGCCGGACCCUAGAGAGGGGCCAAUGCAGGAUGUCAUCGGUAAAGAUAACAACUUCUUCAAGCACGUGAUGACCAAUCAUCCCGCCGGAGAAUUCCAGAACCAUAUGGCCGGAUACAGGCAAGGACGCCCUUCCUGGAUGGAUGAUGGAUUUUUCCCUGUUUCAGAGCGCCUUGUCAAAGGCGCAGACAGUUCAUCAGAGGCGGCUUUUCUGGUCGACAUUGGCGGUAGCAUCGGCCACGAUCUAGACGAAUUCUGUCGAAAGCAUCUCACUGCUCCCGGCCGACACGUCCUCCAAGAUCUUGAAUACGUACUAUCUCAGGUUCAGAAGGUUGACCCUAAGAUUGAGCCCAUGUCGUACGAUUUCCACACAGAGCAGCCCGUCAAAGGCGCAAGAGCCUAUUAUAUGCACUCUGUUUUACACGACUGGACGGAUGAUGUUUGCAGGAGCAUCUUGUCGCACGUCACUGCGGCAAUGAAACCGGGUUACAGCAAGCUCCUCAUUAAUGAGAAUGUGAUUCCCUCGACGGGGGCUGAUUGGCAGGCUACGGCGCUGGAUAUGAUGAUGAUGACACUCUUUAGUUCCAGGGAGCGAACAGAAGAGCAAUGGCGCAAGCUUCUGGAACCUGCUGGUCUCAAGAUUGCCAAGAUUUGGUCAGCGGGUGAAGGCGUAGAGAGCUUGAUCGAGUCGGAACAAGGAUCUGUGGUCCGCCGGCAACAGAAAAAGCCCCGAGAGAUAGACACAUCAUUCCAACUUCUCGUGCCAACCGACUUGGAGCCAUUAAACAAAAUCAAGCGUCGUCCAUCACCAGACCAGUCUGCGCGAGCUCAGCUUUCCCCCGCGACUAUGUUCACCUCAAUCCGAGUUGCCGCCUGCCACGUCUCGCCUAUUUUCCUCUCCGCGCGACGCACAACCGAAAAGGCAAUCUCCCUCAUUGACCAAGCAUCCAGGAACAAAGCAAACCUCGUUGUCUUCCCAGAGACCUACAUCCCAGCGUUCCCGAUCUGGUCCUCCCUGCGCGCCCCCUUUGAGAACCAUGACCUCUUCCAGUCCAUGGUGCAGGAAUCCGUCCACAUCGACGGCGAAGAGGUAGACGCUCUCCGCUCCACGGCAAAGAAGCUCAAUGUACUGCUUAGCGUCGGCAUUUCUGAAAAGGCUCGCUACAGCAGCGCGACGCUUUUUAAUACUAACAUCAUCAUCGGUACUGACGGAGAGAUCCUAGUCCAUCACCGAAAACUCAUGCCAACGUUUUUCGAAAAGUUGACGUGGGCGCCCGGAGAUGGCUACGGCCUGCGCGUCGCAGAGACGCGAUUCGGGAAGAUUGGGAAUCUCAUUUGCGGGGAGAACACAAACCCGCUUGCGAGGUAUGCGCUCAUGGCGCAGGGAGAGCAGAUUCACAUCUUCACAUGGCCUGCGAUAUGGCCGACGAGAGUUCCGAAAUUCAAGGAGACAAGCUCUCGAGUGGGAUCAAGCGUGGCUAAAUGGGCCAACUACGACAAUGUUGCUGCCAACAGGACGAGGGCGGCUGCACACUGCUUUGAGGCUAAAAGCUUUGGUGUUCUCUGCUCAGGAGUCCUGGGCGAGGAUGCAAUUGAGUCUGUCUCUUCGGGGGCGAGACAAGAAGACGUGGCGCAUUAUUGCCGGGGGUUUACAAUUGAAGAAGGAACUCUCCGAGAAACCCCGUCAGAAUUCUUGCAACACGAAGAAGGCAUCUUGUAUGCAGACUUAGAUGUUGGGGAUUGUGUUGAGGGAAAGCAGUACCACGAUGUGGUUGGCGGGUAUCAACGCCUAGACGUGUUUGAUCUGAAGGUUGACCGUAGACGGCGGGAACCGGCUCUGUUCAGGGGAGACAAUCUCAAAUUGAAAGGAGAAAUAGAUGCUCUUGAAGAGGAUUGA